UAUAUUAUAAUCGUACUUAGCUCACCUCACUGACCAAAGAACCAGCAAUUUUCCGUUUCUACUCCGCCGCUACCCGCUUUGUGAUUUUCGUCACUCAAACUCUCUUCUGCUCGUUCACGCUUUCUCAUUCAGAGGAUCGCCAUGACGGUUUCAUUGGAGAACUACCUCGUUUCGCACAUAAACCCUAACCCCACUUCGCUUAGGAAGAGAGGUUCGAACUCCAUGGCCUUAUCUAAACCUCCCACCUUUUCCUCUUUUCGUUCCGAAUCUCCUUCACUUCUCCGUCCUCGCAAGGUCACGGUUGUCGGCCACUGCAUAUCUCCCAAGUUCUUAGGACCUCGUUUUGUUUUACUCUAUCGCCAAAGGUCGAAUAAUGGAUCGGUUAUCUCAUUUGCUGCUUCACACGGAGACUCGAAGAAUUCAGAGAUUGAAGUUGAGAAAAGUGAGAGUGAUGAGCCUGACAUAGGAGCUGAGGAGUCACAGGAAGCAUGGAAACAGAUACUAGAAUCUUUCAAAGAACAGGCUAUAAAGAUGCAGGGCAUGUCUCAAGAAGCAUAUGAAUUGUACUCUAAGAAGGCAAUGGUGAUUUUAAAGGAAGCAUCAGAACAGCUAAAAAUCCAGGCAGAGAAAGCAAAACAUGAUCUUAGUAUAGUAGCAAGAGAAAUCAAUCAAGAAGGUAAAGUAUAUCUUUCUACAGCAGCAGAGAAUUCUCCUGAGCCGGUGAAGGACAUUGUGGAAACUUUUGCUUCCUCAACUGAUGAUUUGAAAGCAGUUUCUGAAGUUCGAGACUUUUACCUUGGGAUUCCAUAUGGUCUCCUGCUUUCUGUUGGCGGCUUCCUUUCCUUCAUGCUAACUGAAAACAUUGCUGCCAUUAGGUUUGGGGUUAUUCUUGGGGGUUCUCUUUUAGCCUUAAGUAUAUCAAGUUUAAGGUCAUGGAAAAGGGGAGAAUCAUUUACUCUGGCUUUGAAGGGGCAAGCAGCUAUUGCAGGCAUACUAUUUUUAAGGGAGUUACGCUUGCUUUCUCAGAGACCAUCACUUACAAGUUCUUUUACGACUUUCAUCAGCGGUGUCAUGGUGGCCUUCUAUUUGUAUAGGAUCAUGUUAAAUGGUGGUCAGAAGAAAGGGCCAAGCUUGGGAUAUGGGUCAGAAAAUUAGUAUGCUUAUGCAAGGUAGAAGAAAGGAAGAAGGUUUAUGUCGUGCCCCACCUGUACUGUAUGGUUGUUGGACCAAGUGACAGCCUUGAGGAAAAGAUGCAUGAACAAAAUGGGCCAGCACAAUAAUAUGGAGAAUAUGCCCACCUUUCUGGGGAGGCCGAUGCUACUUCCAUCCUAUUUACAUUGUCUCGGGCUCUCGUUCUCAGGAGUUUGUGUUUCGGAGAGUGCUCUUUUUUUCUUAGUUUAUUUUCGAUAUUGUAUAUCCACAUCCAGACAUCUUCAAGGGGUUUACUAAUAAUCAAUUUAUCCAUUGUUUAGUGGGAUCAGUC